GCAGAUGCUCCGUUACUGCUUGUUCGCUCUCGUGGCCCUUCAGCUUGCUGGCGUCCUCGCCGCUCCCGUCCAGCUCACUGAGGCCACCUUCGACGCUCAGGUCGAGCAGCAGCCCACCUUUGUGAAGUUCUUUGCCCCAUGGUGCGGCCACUGCAAGCGCCUCGAGCCAACCUGGCACGCACUCGCGGACAAGGUUGACGCUGAGAUCCCCAACGUGAAGAUCGCGACCGUCGACUGCACUGUCGAAAGCGGAUUGUGCAACAAGAACAACAUCCGUGGUUAUCCCACCCUCAUCUUGUUCAAGACCGGCGAGCAGAUCGCAUACCAGGGUGGAAGGACUGAGCAAGACUUGAUCAGCUUCGUCAAGGAGAAGACCGCUUAAGAUAGUGCAUCUAGUCAAGUUAGAGAGAAAGAAUAAAGUGAAUCCAUCGAGCUCAA